UACGUUCGCUUGUUCGCAAAGGCAGUGCACUUGAGAAGGCCCGUCGAAGGCUGUUCUCGACGUGUAUGUUUUAAACAGUCCGCAACAUGUUAAUGAGUUUUUGUCAAAUUCUUAUUAAAAAUUCAUACAGUGGAUUCAGUAUACGAAAGAAAAUUACUAGUGCUAGACAUUUACCCUCUUGAUCAAGUAUCUUUUUUAGUAUAAAUUGUGCAGGAAAAAAAGUGAAGAACGAUGCCAGGCAAAGGAGGGAGAAGAGGAAAAUCCGGGCACGGUGGAAAAAAGGCUGAAAUAACAUCUGAUGAGGAUUCGAUCAACAAUGAUGCGUGCAGUGUCUCUAGUGGUCAGUCAGAUAAUCGCAGCAUGCCUGAUGAUGUAAAUGAUAAUGAAGUUGAUGAAAUUGCACAACAAGAGGCAUUUGAGGAAAAAUUGAAAGAAGCUAUUGAUGGUCUAACACAAAGAAGUGCAAAGGGCAGGAUAAUCUGCUUUAAUGGAAUUGAAAAGAUCUUUGCGAUUAAGUAUGUUCCAGACUUCGUAGAGGAUAGAAAGAUUACUAUUUCGGAUUCUAUAGAACGAAGUUUGAAGAAGGGAAGAUCUGAAGAACAGUUGACAGCAGCUAGAUUGAGUACUUUACUUUGCGUUCAACUUGGAGUUUUUGAAAGUGCAGAGGCAAUUUGUAGAGACCUGAAAUCUACCUUAACUUUUGUUGCUAAUGAUACUGCAGCAUCUACGAAUGCACGUUCUGAAUGUUGUUGGGCAUUAAGCAUGAAUCAGUUUUUGUCUGGUAACGAUGCAGCUGAUACACUUGAUAUUGUUCAAUUAUUAUCUGGCAUUUUUUCUGGUUCAUAUUUAAAAGGAAAUGGUACAAUAGCAGCAGUUUCUGCAGAUGUAGCAGCGCUUCAUGCAGCAGCAAUUUCAUCAUGGACCCUUCUCUUAACUGUCAUGACUUCUGCAGAAAUAUAUAAUCUGCUUGCCAGUGAUAGAAGCAAUAAUUACAUGCCCUCUCUCAAUAGACUACGUGAAUUAUUAGAAUCGCCACAUCUCGAUGUGAGGUUAUCUGCAGGUGAAGCUCUUGCUGUGAUAUUUGAACUUGGUCGUGAUUUUUCCUACGAUUAUGAGCAGGAGUGGGCAGUUGGUCUUAUUGAUGUACUCAAAGAACUAGCUACAGACUCUAAUAAAUAUAGAGCAAAGAAAGAUCGUAAACAACAAAGGGCUAAUUUCCGAGAUAUAUUACGAUAUGUGGAGGAAGAUAUUGUUCCAGAAAUGCAUGUUAGAUUUGGACAAGAAACGUUAUAUUUAGAAGGCUGGUGUGCUCGUACUCAAUAUAAUGCUUGCUGUCGAUUACUUGGUCCUGGCAUAAAUAUCCAUCUAGCAGAAAAUCAGUUAUUGCGUGAAAUUUUCCAUCUAGGUAAUAAAGUGUUGCCUAUAACGUCUCAGAAAACGACUAAAUUAGAGAGAACUUUAAUGAAUGCAGCUGCUUUCAAAGCGCGCACUAUUUUACGCAAUAAAACUAGGGAUAAACGAUUAGCAGCCAUGGCACCGUAACUUAAGUUACUGCAAGUCAAGUAUUAAAUUUUUCUAUAUAAAAAAUUUGUUCGAUUUAAUCAAGUACGAUUUUUUAUUUAUUGUAUCUACUCAACAGUGGUAGAUUAUUAUGAAACGUUUCAUUUUUUUCGUAAUAUAGGUUCAUAUGAAGUUAAAUAAAUCUUUGAAUUUUAAACUAUUCACACAAAAUUAGAAAUGUGAUUAUUUUGUACAAUUAAUAUUCUGUAUAUACAAUAACAGAUUUAUAUUUAUAAAAUUUCGGGUAUAUUAAUAACAACUGCACGUUUUACUGUUCUAAGAGUUGAAAAAUUAUUAUAAUUUGAUUAAUUUCUUAAUUGAAGUUUAAAGGCAUUAUAUUGAUAAUCGUAAAAAUUUAUAUCAUAUUUUAUAAUGUUUAAUAUGAUGUGUUUUAACUUUAUAGUCAAGUUAAAAUAUUUUAAUAAAAAAAACUGAGAGGUAGAAUUAAAUAUUUACAUAAUUGUUGUUAAUUUAACAGUUGCGAUUCAAUUUGACUAAAUAAUCGUGUAUAAUUAUAAUGUUGUAUGAAGUAUUUGUAUUCAUUGUACAUAGUGACGUAUAUUAUAACGAUGAUCGUCAAAACAGAAAACGAAGGAUAUAAAUAAAAGUAGUACCUCAGA